AACGUUUAUCGUUAUAAAAACAACCACGAAUACAGUACAAGCAUUGUAAGUUGUUUUACAUAGUGUCAAAGUGUUCUGAUAUUACAUCAAUAUGAAAAGUUUACUAAUUUUUCCGACGGUACUUUUUGCUGUGGUAGCUAUUACGAGCGCUACCUCCCAAGAUGGCGGUGUUAUCGUUGUCGACGUCCCUGACUCUGACGAUGCCUUCCCGAACAAUCCUAAAGGAUUCGUCAUCGACGAAGCAUUCUAUAUGUCCCCAGAUCUUAACGCCGUAGACAAGACACACGAUGUUAACGUAGUGGAUAACGAUGAUGGCAUCGAUCAAGACUUCUACCGGCCCUCUGACCCAAGCGGUAUCGACGACUCUGCUGGACUCUACGUCCCGGAUUACCCUAAAUAUGAUGACCCCAUGCUACGCGGCGGCGCAUGAACAUAAAUAAAAUCUUGUUUCAUAUUUAUAAAUAUCUGAAGUGUACUUGCUCUGUAAUGAUGUAAAUAUUUAUUGUAAUUAUAUUAUUUAAUACACAAAACAUGUGAUCUCAAUCUGCCUUUGUGUUUAUCAAAAUGGGCCAAUUGAAACAAUUUAUUAAAUUGUAGUCAAAUAUGAAUCCUUCCCUACAUGUUAAAGUGAGGAUGAUUUUUUCUUGUCUAUCCCAUAGUGUGUGAAAGUGAUAGUAUGUAGAUCGUGGUCAAGCGUGAACUUAUUACACUAAUAUUAUAAAGGUGAAAGUUUGUGUGUAAGUAUGUAAGUGUGAAAGUGUGUAAAUAUGUUUGUUCUUCUUUUAAGUUGCGGCUACUGAAGCGAUUUGGUUGAAAUUUGAAAUGGACUUAGAUUUUACUCUGGAUUAACACAUGGAAAAUACAGUCAUUAUUUUCAUCCCCGAAAAAACCAUGGGUGGGAUUUGUGAAAAACUGAAUUCCACGCGCACGAAGUCGCGGACGUCCGCUAGCUAGUACCUAAUAAAAUAAAUAAAAAAUACACAGUCAUUAUUUUCACAGAACUUCAAUAGCCUUGACACUGAUUAUAUUAUUAUCACUGAACUCAUUACAUUUCAAAGUUUUAAUCAUAAAUCAUUUAUUGCCAGAAUGUGGUCAUAUACAGAUAUUGUUACAUUUUAAUGUUCCUACACAAUCUGCCUCAUAGGCGUGCAAGCCGAGUACAUUAUUAUAAUUUUUAUUUACUAAUAUUAGAACUGUCAAUCAUUUAUAAUGUCAUUUCAUAAAUUAAAGUCAUAUAACAAACAUAAUAAAAUAAAAUUAAACGAA